AUGGAUUGCACCCUCUAUAUCAUGCCCAUUUUCUGCUCCUCCAACAGCAAUAUACAUGUGCUGAUCGACAUCUUGGAUAGCAACAAUUGUUCCUGUAGAAGUUGCUUGAACAACUUAGCUGAAGAUCUGAAAGAAAGCUGUUGCAUCACAAGAGAUGAGAAACCAAGUACCAUCAGGAACCAUUUCUCUCAAGUUUCCUCCUGCUUCUUGGUUAUGAGACCAGUGCCUAGAUUCCACGUUGAUAGUCCCCUCUCUGUUCGAAAUCUUGGAGAAAAAUUCAAAAGCAGAAAGCACCAUCUGUGCAACAGAAUCAGAAAGAAAAUAACAUGUCAACGUCAAGGCAAUGCAAAUUGCCAAACUUGA